AUGGAUAAGGAACAUGUAAAUAAAAAAGAGUGUAUGACUGAUGAGCUUGAUAGUGAUGCUAAAGACGACAAUGGUGACGAUAGACCAAAUGUUGUUAGGUUCAAUGAGGAAGAUGAGAUUACAAAGGAAUAUAAGUUAAAGGUGGGAAUGGAAUUUUCUUCAUUAAAGCAUUUCAAGAGUGCUAUUUUGGAACAUAAUGUAUUGAAUGAGAGGAAUGUCAGAUUUGGGAAAAAUUAUGCAGUUAGAUGUAGGGUGGUUUGCAAGGAAAAAUCGCAAUGUAAUUACACUAUUAUACUCAAGGGGCUGGGAAGACACCCUGAAGAUCCAGUUGUACUCACUAAAGAGGAUACCUCAAAAUAA